UUACUGGUUAACCCGAAUCGAAUUGAUCAGUGUGAGGCUUCAAUCCGAUAUUGACACGCACCUUUUGUGCUUGCGUACAGGAAAAAAAAAGUCGGAAUAAAUAAGUCAAACUUGAUUUCUUCCAAAAUUCUAGAUUGUACAGUUUACAUAAUAUAAAUACAUGUCACGCACCCAAAUCCCAUUUCAUCCACGUACCAAAAAAAAAUUAAACAAAAGGAAGAAGAAGAAAAAAAAAAUGGUAGUUACAAAAGGAGAAAAUAACUUAGUCUAUGACAUAAAAAUAUCGUCAGUAGUGCCUGGAAAAAUCGCAGGAGAAAACAGAACAUAUGAGUUAAAAGGCAUAGAUUUUGCAAUGAAAUUACAUUAUCUUAAGGGUCUUUAUUUCUUCAAUAAUCCUAAUAAUACUAGUGAUAAUGAAGAAGGAAAAAAGACUAGUUUUAUAAGUAUACUUGAUAUAAAAAAAGUUAUGUUUGAUAGGCUUGUAGUUUAUUUCAAGACUUGUGGAAGGAUCCGGGUGUCGUCUUCCGAGACCGGAGAACGAGCAUCGAUCAAGCUCAACGAUGCUGGAAUAAGGAUCGUCGAGGCUCAAUCGAGUAAGACUGUCGAGGAGUGGCUUGCUUUGGAGGGCUUCCUCUCUUUGCAGGAUCAACUUGUGUACAAUGAUGAUGGUCUUGGUCCUGACUUGCCCUUCUCCCCUCUUGUUUGCCUUCAGGUGACUUGGUUCAAAUGUGGAGGAAUUUCAGUCGGCCUAAGUUGGGCUCACAUACUUGGUGAUGCAUUCUCAGCUGUAGAAUUCAUGAACACUUUGGGCCAUUAUAUUCAAAUUCAAGGUAGUAACAAAGAAAAACCAAAGUUAAUUUCCCUUCAAGAUCCUCCACAAUCCGAAUACCCGCUUUCGAAAUCCACCCGAGAGCCCAUUUCCGUGAAACGGGUCGACCCGGUUGGUAGCCAUUGGGUCCUUCCUUUCAAUAGUAAAAUAGGUUUCCACACUAUUCAUCUUAAUUCAAACCAACUUGGUGAAUUGCAUUCAAUGGUACAUGGUACCAAAAUGAAUGACAAUUGUACUAGCCAAUUUUUUGAGGUUAUUACAUCAAUUAUGUGGAAAUCCAUUGCAAAGAUUAGGAAGGAUUUGGAGACAAAUGUUGUGACUAUAUGUAGGCCAAAAUCAAUCAAAAGGCAAGGAGUAGUGCCUCAUAAUGGCCAAAUGUUAGGUGUUGUCAAGGUGAAUUUUGCGGUAUCAAAUGUUGCUCCGUUAAAAUUGGUACAUUCGAUUGUUGAAGGUGUGAUCGAUGAGAGUGACAUGGUUGAAGAAUUAGUGAACAAAGAGACGGGUGAGUCUGAUUUCUUUGUUUACGGGGCAAAUCUUACAUUUGUUGACGUAGAAAAAGCUGAUGUUUAUGGUUUUGAAAUGAAAGAAAAACAUCCAAGGUUUGCUAGCUAUAGUAUUGGUGAGAUAGGGGAUAAAGGAGUCGUUUUGGUACUUCCAGGCCCUAAAGAUGAGAAUAGUAAAGGUAAUGAUGCCAAACUUAUUGUGGUACAACUUCCGGAAGAUGAAAUUGAACCCUUGAAAAGCGAGCUCAAGGAAAAAUGGUGCAUUGAAUAAUUAAUGUAUGUAGUAUCCUUUCAAAAUAAUUUAUGUUGUCUUAAUAUAUAAGCGUAAAGUUGGAUGUAAGGUUAAUUAUUCAUGGAUUAUGCCUAAUACUUGAAAUGCGGUUGUAAAAAGAAUGGUGCGUCAAGCCACUGAAUAAUACCCUAUCUUACUGCUUGCUGGAAUGCUGGCUUCACAAUAGCAAGGGGAGCGUCAUGUACUCAUGUGACUUCAUCUUUCUUGUAUCAUUGUUUAUUGUUAUAUCAUAUGUUAUGUACCAGUGAGACGACCAAAUAAACUAUACAAGUAUUUGUUAUUGGUUUAA